AUGAAUAAUAGAUCAUUGUUAUUGAAAUCAUCAUUAUUAUUACAACUACAACUUCAACAACAACUACGACUUAUUACAACAACCACAAGUACAAGUACUCGUGGACGAUUUCAAACAAGUAACAACAACAAUCAUCAUAAUACUUGUAUAAACAACUAUUACAACAACAACAACAACAACAAAGACAACACAUAUUAUAAACAAACAAACUAUAGUUAUUUUAAAAGAAACUAUUGUUCAAUUGAAAAGAAAGAAAUGGAUACAACUACAACAACUACGACAAAAGAUAAUGAUAUUGAAUUAACUGAUCAAACUACUACUUCAACUACUUCAACUACUUCAACUGAUACACUUUCAACUGAAGAAAAAAAGAAUAUUAUAUCAAUUACAGAAGGAUCAGCAACAAUAGUAUAUAAUAGUCAAAAUGAAGUAUUUUAUAAUCCGGUACAAGAGUUUAAUAGAGAUUUGUCGAUAUUGAUGAUUCAAUUAUUCAUCGAACAGCGAAACAAGGAAUUAAAGGAAAAGGGGAAGCCAGAGAGAAAGUUUAAAUUGUUGGAAGCAUUGUCUGCAACUGGACUGCGAUCAAUUCGUUAUGCCAAGGAAAUCGAGGGAUUAGAAUCGAUUUUGACAAAUGAUAUAGAACCUGCUGCAGUCGAAUCGAUCAAAAAGAAUAGAGAUUACAACAAUGUCGAUCCUAAUCUGCUUAUACCUAACCUUGGUGAUGCUACCAUGGUCAUGUACCAACACCGUGAUCCACGUAAACAAUUUGAUAUUGUUGAUUUGGAUCCAUAUGGAGCACCAAGUAUCUUUAUCGAUGGUGCUGUGCAAUCUGUUGCAGACGGUGGAUUGCUUUGUGUGACGGCAACAGAUGCUGCCAUUUUGUGUGGAAACUAUCCAGAGACAUGUUAUGCCAAGUAUGGGUCGGUCCCACUCAAAGGUGAUGCGUGUCAUGAGAUGGCAGUACGUAUUUUGUUGCAUACAAUCGAGACACAUGCCAAUCGAUACAAACGACAUAUUGUGCCAGUGUUGUCCAUGUCGAUUGACUUUUACGUGCGUGUCUUUGUGCGCGUCUAUUCGUCGCCACUCGAGUGCAAAAAGUCGUUUUCACGUCUCUCCAACAUUUACAGCUGCGUCGGGUGCGGUAGCUUCCGCACCGUGCCGCUUGGCCAGCUCGAGAUUGUCGGCAAUGGCGGCGUGGAGAAGCGCGACGGCAGCAACAUCAAGUACAAGACACCGAUGCUCAACCGCCACAUGUCGUCGACGACUUGCGAGUUUUGCAAGAAGGGGUUGCACGUGGCCGGACCUUUCUGGUCGGCUCCCAUCCACAACGUCGACGUCUGCAAGAGUGCAUUGGCAUUUGUCGAGAAGCAUCCGGCCAAGUUCAACACGGCCAAGAAGAUCUUUGGUAUGGUGACCGCCGCCGCCGAGGAGUUGCCCGACGCACUAUUCUAUUUUAAAAACGACCACUUUUCAGCCGUCCUCCAUACCACCAGUCUUCCAGGCAACGUCAUUCGUUCGGCCAUCCUCAACGGCGGCUACCGCGUCUCAUCCAGCCACGUACAACCAUGUAUCAAGACCGACGCACCCCAAGAUUUUCUCUGGGACAUUUACAAGACACACGCCAAAAACAACCCGCCCAAAAACAUAGCUGCCCAAUCACCUGCACAAGCCAUCUUGCAGACCGACAUUAAACACACCAUCGACUUUACACUCCACCCCAAGGCCAGCGGUGAAACCCCCAACGUUCCCAAAUACCUCCCCAACCCCAAGGACAACUGGGGACCAGGUUCCCGUGCCACCGGUGGUCGUGGCAAUGCCAGUCCAUCCGAAUCAAUGAUUGACAAGCGAGCAAAGAAUCAAGGUAAAAACAGAUCAAAAAAAGAGUCCCCCGCCAGUUUAUUAUGUAAAAGAAUUAGAGAUGAUGGGUCAUGUCCAAGUGGUAAAUUUUGUAAAUUCUCUCAUGAUCAACAAGGCAUUGAUAAUGGUACAGGUGAUCAAAAUUUAGGCAUUCAAGAUGAUCAUGAAAAUCAACAAGAUAAUAAUAACAAACAAUAA